AUGAAAACCGAUAUUCGUGAGUUUGCAGACCGACAGGGCGCGAGUGGCCCCAACGCCGACGAUCUCGAACUGGAUGCAUUGAUUGUGGGUGCCGGGUUUAGCGGCAUCUACUAUCUGCACGAGCUUCGCAAGCUAGGCCUCAAAGCUGUCAUCUAUGAGGCCGGCCAUGAUAUCGGCGGCACUUGGCGUUGGAACUGCUACCCUGGUGCGAGGGUUGACUCGGAAAUCCCCGAAUACCAGUUCUCGAUCCCCGAAACUUGGAAAGAAUGGACCUGGUCCACGAACUAUCCGGCGUACGAUGAGAUUCGUGCCUACUUUGAUCACGUAGAGCGCGUGCUUGACAUAAAAAAGGACUGUUCUUUUGGCACGUUUGUCAAUGGGGCAAACUUUGACACGCCUUCGGGACGAUGGCAGAUCACUACCACUGACGGUCGAAGGGCCUCAGCAAGGUACCUGAUUGUCAGCACCGGGUUCGCUGCCAAGCGACAUAUUCCUGACUGGCCGGGAAUUGAGUCUUUCCGAGGAGUUAUACAUCAUUCAUCUUUCUGGCCAGAAGAAGGUGUGGACUUGAAGGGCAAGCGUGUUGGCGUGAUUGGAACAGGUGCAUCUGGCGUUCAGCUUACCCAGACUCUCGGGCCCGUUGUUGGCUCGCUCAAGGUCUUCCAGCGAACUCCAAAUCUGGCUGUUCCUAUGCGACGAAGGGACUUGACUGCCGAGGAACAGGAGCAACUAAAGCCCGUCUACCCGGAGCUGUUCUCAUUACGCGAAAAGGCUUUCGGGGGGUUCCUAUACACAUUCAGCGAGCGAGGUACAUUUGAAGACAACGAGAAAGAGCAAGAAGCAUUUCUUGAGCGGCUAUGGGAACUUGGUGGCUUCCGACUAUGGGUUGCCAAUUACAAAGAUAGUCUACAUGAUCCCAAAGCUAAUCGUGUAGUCUAUGACUUCUGGGCCAAGAAAGUACGCCAGCGGAUUGAUGACCCCGUUACCCGAGAUCUCCUCGCGCCUCUCGCGCCUCUACAUCCAUGGGGCGUGAAACGACCCAGUCUGGAGGUUGAUUACUUUGAGCAGUUCAAUCGACCCACGGUCGAGCUUGUUGACAUCCGAAACAACGCUAUAGAGCGUAUCACCGAGACCGGUCUUCAACUUGCUGACGGCACGCACUAUGAACUUGACGCAAUCUGUAUUGCCACUGGUUUCGACGUAUCUACCGGCGCUCUGGUGAACAUGGGUCUCCGCAGUAUCGAAGGGACAGCGCUCAAAGACGAAUGGGCUGCAUCAGUCCACACGUACCUUGGCAUGACCAUUAGUGGCUACCCGAACCUCUUUACGACAUACGGGCCCCAUGCCCCGACAGCUGUGAGUAAUGGACCUACAUGCAUCGAAGUACAGGGACGGUGGGUCAUCGACGCGAUCAAGCAGAUGGAGCGUCGUGGCAUCAAGUCAAUCAAUGCAACCAAAGCUGCUGCGCAUGCGUGGAAGCAUCGCAUCGAAACUUUGUCGAACGCGACGCUAUUCCCAACCACAAGGUCAACGUACAUGGGCGGAACAUUCCCCGGGAAACCUUUCGAGCAGCUGAACUGGAUAGCCGGGAUUCCAGCUUAUCAUGCGGAGAUACGCCCGGUUUUGCCGGCAUUUAAAGGUUUCACCGUGCAGAUGAAGUAG